AUGGAAAUUUCUGAGCCUAGCGUUGGCAUAUUCUAUGUCAGUAGGAUUCUGGCCCUAGCGCCAUAUUCAGCCAAAAGGAAUUCCAAAGGACAACUGGAUAUCCGUCGUAGUUGGAUAUUUUCCAUUUACUCCGUUUGCUUGUGUGUGAUCAUGGUUUUCUUGACCUAUCGCGGACUUUUGUUCGAUGCAAACUCGAAAAUACCAGUUCGAAUGAAAUCGGCGACCUCGAAAGUGGUAACCGCCUCGGAUGUGUCGGUUGUGGUGAUGGCCAUCGUAGCGGGUGUUUACUGUGGCGUGUUUGGCUUGCGUGCCACCCAGGAGCUGAACACACGACUAGAAAGGAUCGACAGCACGCUUAGUCCAUACAACAAUUUCAAGAGGGAUCGCUGGCGUGCCUACGGCAUGGCCAGCAUUUCGCUUGUGGUCAUUGGCAUACUGCUCGGCCUGGACGUGCAGACGUGGGUGCGCAUGGCCCAGAAAAUGAACAUCAACAAAUCUGAUACUGAGCUCAACAUACAGUGGUACAUACCCUUCUACAGCCUCUAUUUCAUAUUGACCGGACUGCACAUUAAUUUCGCCAACACAGCUUACGGCCUGGGCAGACGCUAUGGACGCCUCAAUCUGAUGCUCCGAACAAGUUAUCUGGGUGAAAACAAGUAUCCCAAUACACCCAAUCUGGUAAAGGUAAGUGCUGUUAAGGCGAUUAGCUUCAAACCGAUGAUGCCCAUGGCCUUGCACGCCAGCUUAACCAAGUUGAAUCCCGAGUCGUUACCCAAUGAAGCUGCGGUUAAAAGCAAGAGUCAACUUAUUAGAUCCAUGGCCGACAAUCACGAGUCGUUGGGCAAAUGCGUGCGUCUGCUCUCCAGCUCCUAUGGAAUGGCUGUGCUGUUCAUACUCGUCUCCUGUUUGCUUCACUUGGUUGCAACUGCGUACUUUCUUUUCUUGGAAAUGUUCAAUAAACAGGACAACGCCUAUGUGUGGGUACAAAUGCUAUGGAUCAUUUUUCACUUUUUGCGCCUGCUAAUGGUCGUGGAGCCUUGUCACCUCGCAGCCCGCGAGUCACGCAAAACCAUUCAAAUUGUUUGCGAAAUUGAGCGCAAAGUCUAUGAGCCCGUUUUGGCCGCAGAGACAAAAAAGUUUUGGCAGCAGCUGCUUGUCGUCGAUGCGGAAUUCUCUGCCAGCGGACUGUGCCGGGUCAAUCGCACCAUCCUGACAUCGUUUGCCUCAGCUAUAGCUACUUAUUUGGUUAUACUAUUUCAAUUUCAAAAGACGAACGGUUGA